UCGACGCCCACGCAAUGAAAGGCACUGAAGUGCUAAACCCUCCGCGUACGUGGAGUCCCACAGUGGGGCUAUGACGCCAAUACACGUUUCUCAAGCAUAAUAUGUGUGGUCAGGGUUUAUACGUCAUGUGGACAGGCCGUUGGUUUGUGAUUGAUCCGCACACGCGCGCAUUCAUCACGCACGCGGUUCGUGGCGCACCACAUGCGCAUUGUCAUGUCUCGCUCUCUCCCGGUCCUCUGCCUCCUCGCUCGCACUAACCGCCGGCUCGCUUACCACCCGUCGAUCGAGCAUUGCUCGCUGGAACCGUAGGCAGCGUUCGGUAUUCUCGCUAUAUCCUCCGCAAUGUGCCUGACGGCAAAAGCGGUCGAGGUAAGCCAUGGUGAUGUAUAUACUCAUUAGCAUAUUGGCUUUUUCACGCCAUAACUUUUGAACGCGGUACUUUUACGAAAAUCGCCAGUUUUCAAAUGAAGCCAGUGUAGCGAUGAACCCGUUGGUGUCGCUUUUUGGCCUGUUUGUUGCGCGUGGUGGCAGAAAACGUGGUAACAGACAGACAGACACGGAGAACGACUACCGUAUAACCCUCGCUGCGCAUGCGCGCCGCCGAGGGUUAAUAAGGGCGAAUCUUAAAACACACAUGUGCAUGACUGCAGCUGAAUGCACAAUAUCAAGUGCACAAAACCAAGGCUGAUUGGCACAUCACACCAAGUGUUUAUCAGAAACCCUAAAAGGGUCAGGGAGUGUAUGUGUUUGUGUUGAGGGUAAUUUUCCUGUUGUAAAGUGAUUAAUGACUAAUUGGCAUUGACUUGUUUAUAUCAAUGCAGUUUAGUGGUUGGAAACCUCUUUCUUUUCUUGUUCCUGUAUUUUUUGGAUAACAAUGACGACAAUCGCUGUAUUGGUACAAAUGUGAAUUAUUACAUGUUUGCUGGGUUAACUGUGCUGGCUAUUGCUGGAGUGCUGGUAUUCAUCCUUAUCACACCCGUAAAAAGACCGGCAACUGGCUAUACCCAAUUGGAUCAUAGCCACCCUAAAGGUGUACUACAACGUAUGGGAACAGCAAUACGGAUGCUGUGCAGUGUUUAUCACCAAGACAUGCUACUACUUAGCAUCUGUUUUAUAUAUACCGGCUAUGAAACUUAACUUUUGGAGUGGAGUAUAUGGUACAAUAAUUGGAAAUACAUUCUCAUACUACACAAUUGGACUGGCUGGGUUGUUUAUUGGCCUUGGAGAGAUAAUUGGUGGAGGAAUUUUUGGUGUGUUGGGGAACUACACUAACCGCUGGGGUAGAGAUCCAGUGGUCUUACUCGGGAUGCUUACCCAUUUUGUCAGCUUCCUUCUGAUUUUCUACAAUUUGCCUGAUGCUGCCAUUCAUGGAUAUGUUGAUGAUGCAUAUGGUCAGCUAUUUCACCCUUCAAGCUUAUACAUUGCAAUGGUUUGUGCCUUUCUUCUGGGAUUUGGAGAUGCCUGCUAC